AUGAAGCGAUCAGCCCCUCCACCGGCAGGCUCUAUAUCCCCACCAGUAGUCAAACGCAAAAUUGAAUCGACUACAACGAAUAAGGCCGUGGCGAGCUUCUUCAAACCAGCAUCGCAAAAAGAACCGGAUAAGCUGAUUUGGCGCACCGUUGAAAACAGUCUCAUUGUCGGUCGAUAUGAUGCGUCAAGCAGACCAGCUCCAUCGCGCUCAUUACCCGUCAAGAUUGCUGCCUUUGAUCUGGACGACACCAUUGUCGUCCCCAACGCUGGAAGCAAAUGGGCUCGAUCAGAAACCAGUUGGAAAUGGUGGGAUCAGUCAAUUCCGGGACGGCUGAAAUCACUUCAUAAUGAAGGUUACCUUGUUGUCAUUCUGAGCAAUCAAGGAAAUAUCAGUCUAAAAGAUAAUCCGAAAUCCCUUCGCAAGGAUAAUCCUGGCGUGGCGAACUUGAAGAAUCAGAUUACUUCGAUUUUCAGACAACUUGAUUUUCCCAUCAGCAUCUAUGCGGCGACUGGCCAAGAUCGAUAUCGCAAGCCUCGAAUAGGGAUGUGGGAGGAGAUGCUAGGGGAUUAUGAUCUACAAGCCCAGGAUGCUGUGGACAUGGCCAAUUCGUUCUACGUCGGUGAUGCAGCGGGAAGAGAGAAAACAGACAAAAGGCGUAAAGACCAUGCGACUACUGACAGGGAUUUGGCCGCCAACAUUGGGAUCAAAUUCCAAACACCUGAAGAAUUUUUUCUCAAUGCAUCGCCGGAGCCCUACGAACAUGUCUUCGAACCUACAAGAUAUCUUCAAACCCGGCAACCAUCCGAAGCCGCCAACGGUACUACAGAAAUCACCACAGUCUCCUCGCCAUUUACCAAAAACCAUCCCCAAGAAUUGGUCCUUUUUUGUGGUUCUCCAGGUGCAGGCAAGAGUACUUUUUACUGGGAUGUCCUACAACCAUUGGGAUAUGAGAGAGUCAAUCAGGACAUACUCAAGACGCGUGAUAAAUGCAUCAAGAAAGCAAAAGAGCUAUUGGCCGCAGGGUUCUCUGUGGCUGUAGAUAACACCAACGCGGACAUCGAAACACGGUCGUAUUGGGUCAAACUUGCUCGCGAAUUCAAUGUCCCUAUCCGAUGUGUGCGGUUUACAGCCUCUUCCCGGCUUGCGGAGCAUAAUGACGCCGUGAGGGCCAUGAAUCCACAUACGAUGAACCCUGAGAAACGAACUCUUCUCCCCGGCAUCGCAUUCCGGUCUUUCCUCCAGAGACUUCAGGAACCUACGUUGGCAGAGGGUUUCGAGGAUAUCUACAAGGUCGAUUUCGAGUUCAAAGGUACCGAAGAGCAGAAGAAACUCUGGUCAAGGUAUUGGGUGCCGAAGUUCUCAACUUGA